AUGGAAGAGAUACGCCAGCUAAUUUCGCAGCAGAACGCAAUGUUUUCGGCUAUCGUCGAUAGGAUGGCGAACCUGCAGUCCAAUGCGCAAGUUCCAGUGCAGCCACAGCCAGUUCCUCAACCUCCGCCUUUGUGCCUGGAAGGCGAUAUGGAAGUGAACUAUGACUUUUUUGAACGAAAUUGGCAAAACUACGCCAAUGCGAUGGGCAUGAAUCAGUGGCCUCAGGGUGAAAAUUCAAAGAAAGUGAGCUAUCUGCUAUCAGUGAUUGGCUUCGAUGCCCUGAAAAAAUAUUUUAAUUUUCAACUAACGGCCGCACAGCGUGACAGCCCUGAAGAUGCUUUAGCAGCAAUAAAAGCGGCUGUGGUGCGUCCUCGAAAUUUUAACAUUGAUCUGAUGGACUUCCUGACCGUGAAACAGGAAUCAGAGUCUAUUGACGAAUACGUGACCAAACUAAGAGUAUUGGUUAAACCGUGUCAGUUGGGUGCGUUGGAGGAAAAGUUCAUCAUCUACAAGGUGGUUACUUCCAACAAGUGGCCGCACCUGCGGAAGCGGUUGCUGACCAACAAGGAUAUAACGUUGGAACGAGCAAUCGACGAGUGUCGUCUCGAAGAGGUGACAGCGAGAAAAGUACUUCAGCUGUUCAGUGAAGAGAAAGGUGAAGUUUGCCGAAUCCAGUCGAAAAUCGAAAAGAAGGAGAAAAGGUGCAAAUUCUGUGGAGGCUGUCAUAUUUUUGAGAAAGGUGUUUGUCCCGCAUACGGCCAGCGGUGCCGAAAGUGCGGCGGAAGAAACCACUUCGGGAAAAUGUGUGAAAAGAACAAGAAUAAGAAGAGAAAUAAGAAAAAAGUGAAAAAGGUAUCGGGUGUAUCAAGCGAAACGGAGGACAGUGAAGCAGAAAACAGUGAAGUGAUGUCGAGCUCGGACAGUGACAGUUCUGAACCAGAACGAGAAAUCGGCAAGAUAUACAACAAUGCCUCAAGUGGAGGACACGUUCUGGCCGAUUUGCAGCUCAAGGUUGAUGGUGUUUGGAAAAAUGUAAUAUGUGAAUUAGACACGGGAGCUAAUACAAGUUUAAUCGGAUUUGAUUGGCUGAAAAAACUGUUCGGUGCCACAGAUCCGGUUAUAUUGCCAUCGAAAUAUAAGUUGCAUAGUUUCGGUGGUGGACAAAUUCCGGUUCUUGGUGAGAUCAAAAUUCCGUGCCGUCAUAAGAAAGAAAAGUACAAGCUUGUGCUGCAAGUUGUCGAUGUCCAGCAUCGACCGGUGUUAUCCGCUAACGUGUGUGAAACGCUCAAACUUGUGAAAUUCUGCAACACCGUUUCGUACAAACUACCCGAAGACAAAAGUGAUGAACCAUAUAUAUGGAAAGUGAACAAAAUCGAAGCGAACAAAAUUGUGGAAAAGUAUGAGAGUGUCUUCAAAGGAGUCGGUAAGAUUGCCGGUGAAGUAUCGAUUGAAAUCGACCCCAGUGUACCACCAAGCAUUCAGCAGCCUCGCCGGAUCCCGAUAGCUCUUCGCGACAAACUUCGGGAAGAGUUGAACAGAAUGGAGAAGGAAGGAAUCAUUGUGAAGGAGCAGCGCCACACAGAUUGGGUGAGCAACAUCCUACUUGUGAAUCGGUCAACCUCAGGUGAGUCAGUAAGAAUAUGCCUUGAUCCUAUACCGCUGAACAAAGCCAUCAAGCGUCCCAACUUGCAAUUCAACACCCUGGAUGAAAUUCUCCCUGAACUUGGUAAAGCCAGAGUAUUCUCGACCGUUGAUGCCAGGAAGGGCUUCUGGCAUGUGGCUCUGGACGAAAAAAGCAGCCUCUUGACGACUUUCUGGACACCGUUCGGAAGAUACAGAUGGGUCAGGUUACCGUUUGGAAUUUCAUCUGCUCCAGAAAUUUUUCAAAUAAAGCUUCGGGAGGUCAUUGACGGUUUAGAUGGAGUGGAGUGUCUAGCCGAUGACUUGCUCAUAUUUGGUCGGGGUGACACACUAGAGGAGGCAAUGGCGGAUCACAAUAGAUGUCUAGAAAAGUUGCUGUCUCGACUAGAGCAAUGCAAUGUCAAGUUGAAUCGUUCAAAACUGGCCUUAUGUCAGUCAUCAGUGAAGUUUUUUGGACAUACUCUCACUGAUGGCGGAGUUCGUGCGGAUGAAUCAAAGCUCGCAGUUAUUAGAAACUAUCCUCCACCAAGAGACCGCAAGGAGUUACACCGCUUUGUCGGCAUGGUGAAUUACUUAAGCCGGUUCAUUCCCAACCUAAGCGCUAAUUUGCACAACAUCCGCCGCUUGAUCUCCGAUAAAGCAGAUUGGGUCUGGGGUUCGACUGAGAAUGCCGAGUUCCAGAAAGUCAAGUCGUUGGUUGCUGACAUAAAUACACUGCGGUACUAUGACAGAGAGAAGCCUUUAUGGGUAGAAUGCGAUGCAAGUUCAUUCGGUCUAGGUGUUGUAGUUUAUCAAGACAACGGAGUAAUCGGCUAUGCCUCUCGUACGCUGACUCAAACCGAAAAAAACUACGCCCAGAUCGAAAAGGAGUUGCUGGCGGUACUUUUCGCCUGCAUUAAGUUCGAUCAACUGAUAAUCGGGAACAAAAGGACAACGGUGAAGACCGACCAUAAACCGUUGAUCAACGUUUUCAAAAAACCACUUUUGAAAGCGCCGAAGAGGCUUCAACACAUGCUUCUCAACUUACAGCGAUACAACAUACAUCUACAGUUCGUAACCGGCAAGGAAAAUGUAGUGGCAGAUGCGUUGUCUAGGGCUCCCAGCUUAUCUCCAGUCGAUUCAGAGCAGACCUGUAAAAUGAGUAUCUACCGUGUCUUCGGCGAAAUAGAAGAUAUCAAUCUUUGCAGCUACCUAAGUAUCAGCGAUGAGAGGAUCAACGAGAUCAUCGAAAGGACCGCAGAGGACAACGUGCUGCAAACAGUAUUGCUGUACAUUCGGCAAGGAUGGCCCGAUCGAAUUGAGCGGGUUCCAAUGGAGGUCAAGCCCUUCUACAAGUAUCGAGAUGAACUUUCUACCCAAGAUGGCUUAGUUUUUCGAGCUGAUAGAAUCGUUAUCCCAUUCUCCCUCCACCGUUCCAUGGCAGACAGGCUGCAUGUGGGUCACACAGGUAUCGAGUCUACCUUGAAGUUAGCCAGAGAAAAUGUGUUUUGGCCCGGGAUGAACAACCAAAUCAAACACCUAAUACAAGAGUGCUCUGUCUGUGCUAAGUUUGCAUCCUCCCAACUCCACCCUCCAAUGAAAUCACAUGCCGUUCCCAUCUACCCUUUUCAACUAGUGUCGAUGGAUGUUUUCUUUAUGCUGUAUAAAGGAAAGCAAAGAAAAUUCUUGAUAAUGGUAGACCACUAUUCAGAUUAUUUUGAGGUGGACUUGUUGAAUGAUAUGACACCCUCUUCGGUCAUAGAAGUGUGUAAACGCCAUUUUUCCUGUCAUGGCACCCCUCAACUUGUGGUCACAGACAAUGGAUCGAACUUUGUCAACGAGCAAAUGAAAAUUUUUGCGAAGUCCUGGGGAUUCAAACACUCGACAUCUGCUCCGUACCACCAACAAUCGAAUGGGAAAGCAGAGGCUGCAGUCAAAAUUGCGAAAGAUCUUCUACAAAAAUCUCAGGAGUCCGGUCAAGAUUUUUGGUACAUGCUGCAACACUGGAGGAACACUCCUAAUAAAAUCGGCAGCUCUCCAGCGUCUAGAUUGCUUUCCCGCAGCAUAAGGUGUGGCAUUCCAAUACCCGCGACAAAUUUGAUUCCAAAGGUAGUACAAUCAGUACCGGAGUCGAUACUCCGUAAUCGACGCAAGAUUAAGUACCAAUACGAUAAACGAUCACGGGAACUUCCGCAAAUAGAAAUAGGAUCGCCUGUGUACGUCCAACUCCGUCCUGAUACAUCCAAGCUGUGGACACCUGGGGUUGUCUGUGAUCGGUUGAGUGAUAGAUCGUACUUGAUUGGCGUAGAGGGUACUAAGUAUCGCCGAGAUGCAGUGCACGUCAAACCUCGUAAAGAAUCUACAGCCCCAUUGAUUAGUGAACAACCUAUUCCAAACGGUUAUCCUGAUCGUCGUCCAGAAGCCAAUAUGCAACCCACUGUUCACGCAGCUUCUCAAGAAUGUCACCAACCAACUGUGCCUUUGGUUAUACCCAAUCAGGAAGCAGCCGAGUUUAUUCCGCCAACAUCUGUGGAGUUGCCGACGCUGACAGAACCGCGGCUUCGUGAUCCAGUAGAUCCCGACCCUCCAGUGAAGAGAACAGAAAAAUCUAAAGCACCAAUAACUAGCACGGACCGUCCGAAGAGAAAAUCCCGUCUGCCAAGCAGGUUCAAAGACUAUGUAGUGUUCAAGUGA